GCUAUACAAACCCGGCAACCGACUAUGCGCUGGAUACAGCAGGCAGUAUGGCGGACAGCGAAAGUGAUUUGGAAACAGACGGGCUUGAUUUAGCUCUGGACACAUUGUUUCAAAGACACUGCAGCGAUGAGUCGUCAUUGAGGAGCAAAAGCUAUUGCUCUGAAUUUUGUGAGUUGGUUGAGGAGUACACAGGACACUGGCAAGUUCCUCUCCCUCAACUGAAGGUGCUGUGGACUGCACUGAGCAGUUUCACCAAAGCCACUGCUGCCUUCCCUGAUGACUGUCAGCAUGUCCACUAUGUUCUCAGCAGUCUGGCCUUGAGCUUCUUUGAACUGAUGCUGUUUUUCAGUAAAGAAGAAUUUGUGGAAAAGCCUUUAAAAGACAUCCUUGAUUCCUUUCAGGAGUGCCACUCUCAGCUCCUGCGGCACAGGAACAUCUACCUUCAGCAUGUGAAGCAGAUCAUCAAAGCAGGUGGCCCGUGGGAGAAUCCAGUGCUGCAAGGAAUCCUGAAAGAGGCAGACUUGCCACAGAAAGAGGUUGAGGAGUACUUAAGCUCGGAAUUGCCAGUAUUCUUUGAGCUCCGGGUCCGAUACCUGCAGGCCUGUGAACGAAUGCAAGAGGCCAAGGCCCUGGCUAAAAGCUGCCUGGAGAACUGCGAGGCUGGAAAGCAUCUGUAUUUCCACCAGGCCUACUUGACCUGCCUCUACAAGGCCUCACUGCAUGAACACCUUCACAAGGAGAUGGCAGAAAUAGAUGGCCGUGAUGCAGUGGAGAUCAUAUGCAACACGGAGAGUGUUGAAAAAGAUGAGCUUCUGCUGUCGCUGUGUAAAGCUUUCCUCACCCAGCAGCUACACAAUGGAGACAUGUACUACAUCUGGGACCUGGUGUUCAUCUGGAGCAGGUUGCAUCUCAGGGCCCACCCCUCCAGCCAAGGCUUCUUGGCUGAGUGCUUGCAGUUGGCCUCCUCUGCUACUAACGUCAGAGCCAUCUUCCCCUUCAUCAAACUGGUCACUACAGAGCUGGGGAGUGAAGGAGUCCAUGUCUGCGUGGAGCUUUGUGCCAGGGCCUUGCAGCUGUGUGACAUGCAAGCUGACAUUGUGACCCGGUCCCUGGUCUGCAAGACCAUCGCCUUCCUCCUGCCUCAUGACCUGGAGAUCUGUCGUGCAUGUUCCCUGCUGGUGUUCUGUCAGGAACGCAGCCUUGAAGCUUACCGAACUGUCUGCUUGCUUUACAUGCAUCCUGACCAGGAGCCGCAUCCCCACAACAGCCCUGUCCGAACCAGCGUUCGCUUCCAUAUUCUGCAGAUGCUCAAGGAGCGCCUGUGUUUUGACCCUGAGUUUUGGAACCUUUUGACCCUCAGAACCCAUUGUUUGGAGUUGAUGAGUGACAAGGUUGUGAAGGCUGCUGUUCUCAAUGAAAUGAAGGAGGAAGAGGAGAAGGAGUACAGUGAAGAGCUGUUAAUAAAUAACUGUGUAAAUAACUCAUGCACUCAAGGUUUCAAUUCCUGCCAGUGCACUGAAGCUGAAAUUGUGCACAAAGAUCUUCCAGAAGAGCCUAAUAUGGAUGGAAAGACAGAAAAGUGUGUUGUCCCAUCAGAUGACGCUCUUCUGAAGACGAGAAAAUGGAGGAGAGUGUUGCGAAGGAGAAAGAAAUCUAAGUCUGAUGAUGAGACGGAACUUGAUGAUGAUCCAGAGAUCAAAUACAAUCUCAAAUCCACCUCUUUAGGCAAUAAGCCUGUGUAUUCACUAAGACGCAAUCACAGUAACAUGGAAAAUUCUUCUGUAAAACUCCCUAGAAACCGCAAGAGAGAAUACUUGUCUAGAUGUGUGAAGAGCCAAAUUUUUAAAAGGAAAGGUAAAAAGAAAAGAUGGCUGCAGGGUCUGCCGAGGCUGGAGCAGGUGCAGAUAGUUAAAGAGAAGAAGAAGAUCAAAGUUAAAGGAAUGAAACGGGGAAGGAAGCCUUUAGUGAAAUUGGAACUCUCGUACCCUGAUAAUGAAAUAUCUCUUACAGAGGAGAAGUCUGGUUUUGUGGAGAUAGCUGACAUGGAGGUUGAAAAGUCAGAUACGCCUCAUCUGGAGAAUGAAGAUAAACAAGAGAGUGAACAGGUAGAGAAUCAGGUUGAUCAGAUGGUAACUGACAUAAAGGACAAAAAGCCACAUAUGCCUCACCUAGAGAAUGAUCUUAAACAAGACAGUGAACAGAUGGAGCACCGUCUUGAGAAGGAAAAUGAACUUGAGGAACUUAGCGACAUGGUCUGUGGAAGCAGUGCUGUUGCACAAACAAAAGAGGAACCUCAAACACAGUUUGGUUCCAAGCUUUGUGAAGGUCCUCCGAGUGAACCUCAAGCUGCUGUUCCAGCUGUUGACGGUGAUCCUGAGCUUGAUGGUCCACCUUUAGACUUAUUCAGUUGUCCAGUAGAACAGUUACACAGCUACUGUCUUAGAUUCAAAAAGCCUGACAGUGAGAAACCGGAACUUCCUGCAUGCCCAGCAUCAGAUGAGCUUAAUGGUGAUACCCAACCCACAGAGGAAACUGAAAUGUCAAACACAGAGGUAAUAGCCAAAAGAACAUGGCGGGACAGAGCUCUCCGUACUCAACAAUAUGCUCAUUUGAUGCACCACUGUAGCAUCUGCCGCAAGGACUAUAAAGGCUUGAACGUUAUGAGGCAUGCUCUGUCACACCUGAAGUGUGGGAAACUAAGAUGUAUACUCUGUGGAAAACGCUUUAAGCAGCUUUCUUUUGCCAAAAAGCAUAUUCUAGACCACAUUGAUAAAAUGGGCAAGCUGAACCCCCCUGAUAAGGAGCCAUGCACUGUGGAUAUGCCAGCUGCUAAUGGAAAAGUAGAUAAUGUGGAAAAUCAGAGCCAGCCUCAGGAUGAAAACAGUACUUCCAUUUCCAAUGAGAAAACUCCUAAUCAGAAAUCUGGAAGCAAAAGGAAACAGUCAAACCUCAAGAGAGAAAAUCGAAUCAUCAGGAACCUCCGCACCCUCAUCAAAAAGACAUCUGUGCUUCACAACAAGUGCAAGAACCCUGAUGCAAAUAUAUUCCAGCAUCUAGACUUCAAGGAUGAGCAAGUAGUCAUUCAAGAUGGCAUGGUGAUAGUGAGAGACCCCUCUGUGAAGGAGCAACAGGGAGAAGGAGAGGAGGAGACGCCAGCAAGAGAGAAUGGUCAUGGUGUGGACAUCACAUAUCACUUGUGCCCUUCAGAGUCCUGUGAUAGAGUAUUCUUGAGGAUCAGCAGCACACUAACAAAGCAUGCCAUUAAAUGCCAUGUUAAAGAAGAUAAGGUGUUGGAAAAAACUUUUGUUUGGGCUAAACACAAGUGCACUCUGUGCCUCAGGCAGAUACAGUUUCUCCAGCACUAUAAGGACCACAUGAAGCUCCACGAUACUCCUCUCCAGCACUUCUGUUACCAUUUGGAGUGUAACAAACGGUUCAUGACACUGCAGGAACUAAAGGACCAUGUCAAUACCCACCAGCCCUUCAGACCUCAGUGUCCUUUCACAGACUGUGAGAAGCUUUUCUCUAACCUUCAGGGUCUCUAUGACCAUGAAUGGAGACACUACGUCCCAGCGCCUCAAAGAGACGAACUAGAGUUGAGGCAGAGCAGGCAGAAAAAGCAAAAUGCUGAAGCUCCAUGGAAGCAGAAAAUGAAGAUUGAGGAGAUAUGGCUACAGAGUAAAAAGGGGCAGAAGGAGACUCCUCCCCUUGAUCACGUAGGGGCCUGUAAUCUUGAGGAUUUCAACAAAACCAAAACUGAAGCUCAACCUUGUGAAACAAAUGAUCACUAUAAGGCCUCUAAUGUCGAGGAUUUCAAUGAUCUCAAAAUGAAAACUGAAGACCAGUCUUGUAAACUAAAUGUACCAGAGUGUGGUCAAGACCUGUCUCAGUCUCCUAAUUGUUCAGAGGAAACGGUCAAGCAUGAGUCCACUGAUGAAAGCAAAGCCACCGUCAAUGGAUAUGUGGAUGACACAAGAAACCAAGUGCCGGAGGGAAAGUUUUCCACUCCCCAUACUGACGCUGCUGCAGCAGCUUCAAGUAAGAGCCGUCGAAAACGGGCCCCCGUUGUGUAUGACCCCUUGAAUGUCCGAGACCUUGAGGAUUUGUCCACUUUGUCUGAAGGAGUUCAGAAGACACUGGGGGAGCCACAUAUCACUGAACACAAAACUUUCCAACCAGAAGACCCCUCUUAUGCGACAUUUGUCAAGGCUCCAUUCAUCCGGCCGCCACCCUCCACCUACCUGGAUGAGUCUGUGCUCUCAAUGCGCAAGAGAAGGUCCGUGGAUGAGGCUGCACCAAAGAAAAAUUUUUACUGGAGCAUUAAGAAAAAGGAUCCUGUGCCGGAAAAGGAUCAGCAGGCAAAAAAUGAGGCCCCUGAGCAGAAGACCAGGUCUCGCUGUGACAAGUGUCUGUCCUCCUUCAGCAGCUUGGAAGAAUUACGGAAACACCAAGCCCUUAACACCUGCUCUGCGCUCUUUGGCUUUGAUUCUGACGAUGAAAGUUAGUUAUAAGUGGAUGAGAGCUGUAACUGGAGUGACCAUUGUACUCUGCCAUGUGGCUCAGGGCAAGGAUUCAACGUAAAGAAAACACUGGAACUUUUUGUUAACACUCAGAUACAGCACUUUUUAGUUUGUGGAUACCAGUAUGUGAAAAUGGUAAAAUGGUUAAUUGGAGGAGUUUUGUCUCUUAAUUCAUAGAACCUUUUUGAAGCAAUAAUUUUGACAACUAAACCUUGAUAGCAACACAUUAUAUUCCUCCAAACAUCAUCAGUGUGACCUAUUGUCAAGUAGGCAAAACACAAACAAAUUUGUAAGUGACACUAAAAAAUGCCUGGUAUCUCAGAAGCCAAAUGUGGCCCAGGACAACACAAGUGAAAAUGCUAUGAGAAAGAUACUGCUCAUACAUGUAUUUGCAUUUUUAAAAUGUUAUUAUUGAAGCAACUACACUAAAACUACAUUUUAACCAGUGCUGAAUACAAAGCAUUGGGGAAAACCAGACUUGUUCCUUUUGGCAAGUGCAUCCCCAUUAGAACUUGGUAGAGCUACAAAAAUGAAUAUCUUGUCUAGAAGUAAGUCUUUACAUGGUGAAAUAUUUUAUUAUUGGUUGUCUUUCCGAUUGACCUGUCUUUCAGGUUGAUGUCCAUUUGUAUGGACUUGAGCCCUUCUGGAUCACUCAAUAUACUGAUCCCAGGCACUUGAGUCGGUAUCACCAGAACCGACUGGUGAAACACAACUCCAAAGUGGUCUUGGGUCAUGUAAGUCCGAGUCUUCACAAUUAAGGGUGCAGGCAAUAUCCCUAUUAUUAUAAAACACUAAACAACAAACAAGAACGUUUGCUUCCAACGUAACACCUAAAGAUAUUAGCUACAUGUUAGAUUAUUGUGUGGUGUCAUGUCUUUGGGAUAAAUUCAGUUAAUAGGGGUAUUAAACAAACGGGAUGUAAUGUAACAUUACUGCUGACAACCCAUGUAAAUUCAAACUUUAAAUUGUGCCAUUCAUUGUCCUUAAAACCUAUUCCAUUCAUUUUAAGUAGUUGUUAGCCAGAAACUGUUACACCAAAUAUCAUAAAUUAUGUGGACUAGCAGUGGUUGCUACCUUAUUCGUCAUCAGGGGACUCAGGGAUCUGACAGAGUCGGGUUAGAAAAAAUUCCUGCGUGACCAAUCCGGAUCAGUUGGACGAGGCUGUAACCGACUGACCCGAGUGAAUGCGUGGGACUUGCAGCUCCAAACAGACUCGGAUCCACAGGACUCAUUACUUUAACCAAGAGCGAACGUAAAAUCUCGGUAACAGUCACAGGUCCUGUGGUUCAGUUCCUGAUAAUGAAUAAAGUAGCAGCUACAGCUAGUCUGUGUAAUUUAUGCUAUUUGUUACUAAUAACCACGUAGAAUGAAUGGAGUAGAUUAUAAAGAGGUUAUGAAUGGCCCAAUUUAUAAUUUUGUAUUUAUAUGGAUUGUUAGCAGCACAUGCAGCUAAGGACUCAACAGAUCUGGGUUAAUGAAGAGGGGGAUUUGUGAAACUCAGCUUAUUUUUAGAAUCCGAGUGACUCAGGACUCGACCACGUCUAUUUGCGUUAUAUACUGACUCCUUUAACGGUCUGGCAUUCACAUUAUUAUUGGACUAGUUGAAUUUAAAUUAUUUUAAGCAUUAUUUCUUUAAAGCAAACAUUAAGGACAAAUAAAAAGUCCCACAACUCAUUUUUUUAUGGACAGUGCUCUAAUUUGGAUCUAAUUUGCUCACCUGGCAGCACUUGAUGGCAGAGGUUGUCUCAUACUCUAAGGGCCUUCUUGCACAUCUGGCUCCCUCACCUGUGGUGAUCAAAAUGAUGCCAGAAACAUUGCAUCAUGAAUGGUUUCAGCUCAUGUGAAACUCCUUCUCUAUUUUGUCCUGCCUCUAUGGAUUUUACAUGCAGUAUACCUUGAGCAGUGUUUGCAGUUGUAUGAAUUACUGUGGAAAAAUCAUGCUAAUUAAUGUGAAGAUGAGCUCAGCAUGUGUUGCCCUCUCAUUUUAUCAUUGUAGUCUUCCAAAUGAACGUUAAACCACUCUAAGCUUUUGGUCUUUGUAGCGAGAAUGUAUAAAAAGUCUAACUAGAUAGAUAUGUGGUGGUUGUGUCCUCUCCACAUGUCCGUGCUGUUAAUUUAUGUUUUUUUUCUGCAGAAUUUGUGUGGGUAAGCAGGAUUGGGUUUUCUGGUCAUGGUAUGACAACUGGAAUCAACUCAUUCAUGCUGUUUCCAAAAUGUCUGAAACUUUGUGAAUCUGCCUUUAUACUGUCACACUAUUAUUCUGUACAGUAUAUGAAUUAUUCACAAUUUCAUUAGUGCCAAGACUUAAUCACAGUGUUAGACUUUAUGUAAAGAUAAACAUUAAAAUCAGUAAUACAAGACCAGUUUGGUCUGAAUCUAAAAUUUUCAAAAGGUUUCAAGUUUAACACCUUGACCACAAUAUAUUUGAUUAAGUAGAAUAUUCUGCGUUGGCUGUUCGUUAUGUAUAUACUUUUGAAAUGGUUGAUCCGUUUAAUAUCUUUUUAAUGUAAUGUUUUUAUGGGACUGUGCACUUAAACCUGCUUAUUUAUAUGUAAAAAUGUUGAUAGACUGGAUUUGUAAAGCAAUGACUCCCCAUCUAUUUUUCAUAAAGAAAGUGAUUAAAUUUGUUUGAAAACAGA